GAAGGUUUGGCUGACGUCACGUCCGGUUAGGUCAGUAGCCGCCACCGAAGAAGAAAAAGGUUGAAGUGACGUCACUUCCUGAUAUCUCAGUAGCGGGAAGUUUGCCGCUAAACGACACAGCUUGGAUCUAUUCACGAUGCCCCGCAAAGCUCCCACGGCAGGAAAAGGCAGAGCUCCGGCCAAGCGGAAGCUGGCAGAGGAGUUUCCAGCAGGAGAAGUCCUGACAGACACUAGAAAGAAGCUGUGGAAGCUCGGUGCUCCCAUUGGCCAGGGAGGAUUUGGCCUCAUAUAUUUGGCUGAUGAGGAUUCUCCAAAACCUGUUGGUGGUGAUGCUCGCUUUGUCAUCAAAGUGGAGCCAUUUGACAGUGGACCACUUUUCUCUGAGCUCAAGUUCUACAUGAGAGCAGCUAAACCUGAAUCAAUUAAGAGCUGGAUGAGCAGCCAUAGUCUGAAGAACCUGGGCGUACCCAGGUACUGGGGCUCAGGUAUGCACGAGAGAGGAGCGAAAAGGUAA